AUGGCCGUCUUACGCGCAAUGUUAUCACUGGCGUACUUAUAUCGACACGGACAUGGCAAUGAGGCUCUUCGACUCAAAGUAGCUGCUCUCAACUCCUUGGGCCUAGCUAUGAAAGAGAAUGUUACGGGGACAAGAGAGAUUUACCAACAUGUCGCGGUUGGAAUGCUGCUUUGUGCUUUUGAGGUAACCGUUUUCUUCAACUCAGCGACCGGGACAAAGGACUGA